GAUUCAGUCAGCAGUGUGUAUUGUUAUCAGAACGGCAGUCUUCACUUAAACUAGUCGAAAUUAAAGCAGUCGCACGUUCAGACUUUAACCAGUCUGUGGUUCAGACAUCUGCUGCUCGGCUCGGUACGCGUUGACGGGAUAUCUAGCCGGAUACUGAUUUCAUUGGGUGCAGGAUUCAGUGUGUUUCUCCUGGACUUGCCACAGAGAGGAUGUUCCCCUGCCUGGCCCACAGACCAUGGCAAGUCCUCUGCCGGGUCUACCUGCAGCAGCGAGCCCCUUUAUCUCAGAGACCCUCUAAAAUAGCAAAGCCAUGUUUCGGUUGGCAAAGUGGAGGAGGGGUGCACAAACUCUGGUUUAGCUUCCCCGAUUCCAGAGUCACUUCCUUAAAGUGGGCACGGGUUCAGAACUGUUCCACAACAGGCAGUGAUAAAGACGGAUCUCCAGCAGGCCCUGUAGAGCCAAAGCCCACAGGGAAAGAACAAGCUGCACAGCCCUCUGCAAAAGCAGCUGGUUCCAAACCUCAAGGUCUGUUGAAAGCAGAGAGCAUUCAAGUGAAAGUACGGGCUGUCCUGAAAAAAAGGGAAUAUGGCACCAAAUACACCCAGAAUAAUUUCAUCACUGCAGUCAGGGCUAUGAACGAGUUCUGCCUCAAACCCAGUGACCUUGAGCAGCUCAGGAAAAUCCGUCGUCGUAGUCCCCAUGAUGACACAGAAGCCUUCACCGUCUUCCUGCGAUCAGAUGUGGAGGCAAAAGCGCUGGAUGUAUGGGGAAGUCAAGAGGCACUUGCUAGAGAGAGGAGUCUCAGGAAAGACGUGGAAAGCGAAUACCAGGAAAACAUAUUUAGAAACCAGAAGCUGUUGAAGGAGUACAAAGACUUCUGGGGGAACACGAAGCCUCGUUCUCGGAAUAGAGCGACAUUUCUACAAGGACCGGGAAAAGUGGUGAUGGUGGCUAUAUGCAUAAAUGGACUGAAUUUUUUCUUCAAGCUGUUGGCGUGGGUUUAUACAGGAUCAGCCAGUAUGUUUUCAGAAGCCAUCCACUCUCUGGCUGAUACCUGCAAUCAGGCUCUUCUUGCAUUAGGCAUCAGCCAGUCUGUCAGGAACCCAGAUGCCGUCCAUCCGUACGGCUUCUCCAACAUGCGUUACAUCGCCUCUCUCAUCAGCGGAGUCGGCAUCUUCAUGAUGGGUGCUGGCUUGUCCUGGUAUCAUGGCAUUAUGGGACUCCUGCACCCUCAGCCAAUGGAAUCACUGCUCUGGGCUUAUUGUAUUUUAGCAGGAUCUCUGGUAUCUGAAGGAGCUACACUAUUGGUGGCCAUUAACGAGAUCAAGAAGAGUGCAAGUAAACAAGGCUUGUCUUUUUAUGAGUACGUGAUGCAAAGUCGAGACCCCAGCACUAACGUGGUCAUGUUGGAGGACACUGCUGCUGUGCUCGGGGUGGUGCUGGCAGCUGGAUGUAUGGGACUAACGUCUCUUACAGGUAACCCCUACUAUGACAGUCUGGGUUCUCUGGGUGUGGGCACUCUGUUAGGAACAGUGUCUGCAUUCCUCAUCUACACUAACACAGAGGCUCUGCUGGGUCGCUCCAUCCAGGCCGAGCAUGUGCAGAAGCUCACAGAGUUUCUAGAAAACGAUCCUGCUGUCAGGGCGAUUCAUGAUGUCAAAGCCACAGAUAUAGGGCUGAGCAAAGUGCGCUUCAAGGCGGAGGUGGAUUUUGAUGGGCGGGUGGUGACACGCUCAUACCUGGAGAAGCAAGACAUUGAACAGAUCCUCAAUGAUAUUCAGCAGGUGAAGACGCCAGAGGAGCUGGAGAACUUUAUGUUGAAGCAUGGGGAGAACAUUAUUGACACCUUAGGAGCAGAGGUGGACCGUCUAGAGAAAGAACUUAAGCAACGUAAUCCUGAGGUGCGACAUGUGGAUCUGGAGAUUUUAUAAUGUCAUGACACAUUGCCGAAUGGGGAUCAGGAUGGAGUGGAAGGAAAACUAAUCAAACCUAGAGUGACCAUGAGCACCCCAUUCUCUCCAACCAGCCAAUCAGCUGAGGUCUUAUGUUACACCCAUUGCACGUCAACCAAGCACUAACCUGUGCAUGGUUUCAGUAGCUGCUGAAAUAGCAGAACCAUAGCCAAUACAGAGAGGACACCAACUGGACAUGAUUAUGAUAAAUUAUUAUUUUACAGUCAUUGGCAUUCAGAUCUGUGGUAGUUUGUACCAUUAGAGCUUUGAAAUCAUGUCCAUGGAAUGUAAAAGGACCAGUCUUAUUUCAUUUUACAGUUUGCAUGCAAAGCAGCAUAAACACUAAUAUUUUACAACAGUUCUCGCAAUAACACCACGAUAUAACCAAAAAUAGUUAGCUUGAAGAGUAAAGCGUCCAUUCUGCUAUAUGAAAGCACUGGUUUAAAUUAUAUGUAAAAAGGUUUCCCAUGUCACUCCAUUGUUUUUUAAAUGCACUGAGAUGAUGGCGUGUUCAAACAAUGCCAUUGACACUGAAAGAAGUAAGCUGAUUUAUUAUUUAUGAGUGAGUUACAAAAAUGAACAGCAAUUCUAAUCUACUUUUUUUUUUUUUAAGUCCAGUUUAAAUUGAUGUUUAAAAAAAAAGAUUUUCAGUUUCUUUUAUAAUAACCACUUAUUUAAAAUAGAUUAAAAUAGUACUAAAAACAGAGUAAAGAAGUGUGUUCCAAACUAUAUUGAUUUAUUAUAUCCACAUUUAUCAGUAAUCAGAGACCUAUUGAAUCAAAUUUAGUACAACAGGUAUCCAUGGCCCACCUCAGACCCCUCAACUGAUGAAGACUACUCAGAUCUUCUUCACAUCCUUCCUAUAGUAAAAGUACUGAUGUCAUUAUGCUGCUUUCAGGACUGUUCAUCUGUUUACACUGUAAUUUUGUGUGACUGAAUGAAAGCAAUUGUAGAUGUCCAAAAACAGCUCUGUGUUUCUAAAGUCAUUGGUGGCAUUGUUGAGUUGCCAGCCUAGUUUGUGAACACUAACCCAAGUGCCCCCCCCCCAUUGUAAAUAAUUCUUGACUUUGAAAACACAACAUUCUGAUUUUGAUAUCUGAAAAAGAAGCGUUCAGUCCGUUUAAAUUCUCUCAGUACACACGCAGACAGUAUAUUUUGUGGUAGUUACAUGCGCUCUUGUGCUGAAGGCUAGCCUGUGCAAUGUUUUUAGACAUUGUAAUUUAAUCAAAGCUUCAACAUUUUCUCUUAGGAACAGUCAGACAGGGAUGAAGUUAAAAAAAAUAGUUUUGGAAAAGGCUUUAAGGCUAUAUAUAUUUUAAAUAUGUUUAUUUGACAGAUUGUUGUUUGGUUAGAUCUUUGAGCUGUUUGGAGCUACUGAAAAAAAAAGGAUGAAUAAAUUGCAAUUAAUUUAUUAAA